AGUCAACAACAAGUCCGCUUUUAUUUAUUAACGUUUCUCUCUCUCUCAAUCGUCACUUUCCAUCGUAAAGCAGACCUAGACUCCGAUAUGGCGACGAGCUUGGCGUUCCUCAAUGCGGCGACAGGCAUCUCAUCCCCGUCGUCAGGACUAAUUCGGCGGCGAUCGCACAUUGUCUCACGCCAGGAUCUUCGUAAACUCUCCAUCAUCUACUCCUCGCCGCGGCUUAGCGACUCUCGUAACGUAUCGUCCCCGAUCAGAUCGGUGAGAGUGAGAUCGCAGCUGAACACGCCUCUCAUAUCCGGAAACGACGAAUGGGGAACAUGGACUGCGCUCUUCGCCACUGGCGCCUUCGGUCUCUGGUCGGAGAAGACGAAGGUGGGGAGUGCGGUGAGUGGUGCGUUGGUCAGCACACUCAUUGGCCUUGCCGCUAGUAAUCUUGGCGUCAUCUCUUCGGAUUCUCCUGCUUUUGCUGUCGUCUUGAACUUCCUGCUCCCGUUGGCUGUUCCUCUCUUGCUCUUUAGAGCUGACUUGCGCCGUGUGGUUCAGUCCACUGGGAAGCUUCUCUUGGCUUUCGUUAUUGGUUCAGUUGCGACAACAGUGGGUACAGCUCUGGCGUACUACCUAGUGCCGAUGAGAGCACUUGGUCCGGAUAGUUGGAAGAUUGCAGCUGCUCUCAUGGGGAGGCAUAUCGGUGGAGCUGUCAACUAUGUUGCCAUAGCCAAUGCUCUCGAAGUUUCGCCAUCAGUGUUAGCUGCUGGACUCGCUGCUGAUAACGUUAUAUGCGCUGUUUAUUUCACUUCUUUGUUCGCUAUAGGCUCCAAAAUACCUGCUGAAACUCUACCUCCACCAACUAGUGAUGCAGAGACGAUCAAAGAUUCUGAAACUGAAAACAAAAUCCCUGUGCUACUGAUAGCUACUGGAAUCGCUGUGUCCUUAGCUAUAUGCAAGAUCGGGGCUUUGCUAACAAAGCAUUUCGGGAUUUCGGGUGGUAGCUUGCCAGCGAUAACCGCAGUGGUUGUUGUUUUAGCAACUGUCUUUCCCUCCCAGUUUGGCCGUCUUGCUCCAUCUGGAGAAGCCAUGGCUCUCAUUCUUAUGCAGGUGUUCUUCACUGUGAUAGGUGCGAGCGGAAACAUAUGGAGUGUGAUAAACACUGCGCCGAGCAUAUUCUUGUUUGCAUUGGUCCAGAUUGGGACACAUCUUGCUGUGAUAUUGGGGGUAGGGAAGCUGCUCAACGUCGAGCUAAGGUUGCUGCUUUUGGCAUCAAAUGCUAAUGUGGGAGGACCCACGACUGCAGCUGGAAUGGCUACUGCAAAGGGAUGGAACUCGUUGAUCGUUCCUGGGAUUCUCGCUGGAAUAUUCGGUAUCUCCAUUGCAACUUUCAUAGGGAUUGGGUUUGGAGUGAAAGUCCUCAAGUUCAUGUAAAGAUGGUUAUAUGACUAGAUUAUGGAUUGAACUAUAUCCGUCUCCUCUCUCUCUCUAUCUUUCGUUAACAAACUGAACAGUCUCUUCUUGUUUUCUCAAAUACUCCCUCUGUACCAUUUUAAGUGGAGUGGUGUCUAAACAUUUUUA